UCGGAGCAAUGUACGGCGUGACGUAAAAUUCACAGCAACCAGUACUUCCUGGAAAUGUUACCUCAGCGUCUUUGUAGUUGUGGUUGCUGUGAUCGUCAGUUAAAAAGCAGAUUGCUCUUAUUGACAGGUCAUUUGGAACAACCAUGAAUUCAGAAUGGAUUGCACAGUACUCAACUCAUUUCUUCUGCUUUUAAAGAUGAGACACAGUGAAUACCUGAAGAAAUGUCAACACAGAAACAUACACGGAAUCCUAACUCAGAAGUAUACCUCUGUGUUGUCUUGAAUCCGAGGUUAUUCUGUGAUAAAGAGAUAUGCAAAGCAGUAAUUGUGCAAAAAUGGGAGUUUGAUGGAAGAAGAAUGAAGAGGGGCCUUUGACAAUCCAUUGAGAAGCAUGUGAUGGCUUUUGCAUCCCAUGGAUCAGUAUGGAGGCCACAGGAAGUGAUGAAGUGGAAAAGAUAAAAACAAAAGUCAGAUCUGCAUGGCACAACAUGAAGUACAGUUGGGUAUUGAAAACAAAGACCUACUUCAGUAGAAGCUCACCUGUAUUUCUUCUAGGAAAAUGCUACCAUUUGAAGGCUGAAGAUGUUGAUGCUCUGCUGCCACAAGAAUCCACACUUCUUGCAUCAAAUAGUGAUUCAUUUUCAGGAUAUGCUGAAGAGUUCCGUAAAGACUUUAUCUCCAAAAUUUGGUUAACCUAUCGACAAGACUUCCCUCAGAUAGAGGGAUCACCUUUUACAACGGACUGUGGUUGGGGAUGUACACUUAGAACCAGCCAGAUGUUGUUUGCUCAAGGGCUUGUACUCCAUUUUCUAGGAAGAGGUUGGACUUGGUCUGAGGCACUACAAAUUGAAAGUUCUGAUAUUGAUUCCUGGACAGCUAAUGCAGCACGGAAGCUUAUGGCCUCUUUAGAGUCUUCACUCCAGCGAGAACGAGACAUAAAAUCUUUAAGCAGUGACAAAUCAACUCCCCAAAAAAGCAGAGACACUGAUAAUGAUAAAACAGAAAUGUAUCACAGAAAAAUCAUCUCUUGGUUUGCAGACUCUCCGUCAUCUGUGUUUGGCUUGCAUAGGCUAAUAGAGUAUGGAAAGAAGUCUGAUAAAAUUGCUGGUGACUGGUAUGGACCAGCAGUAGUAGCCCAUUUAAUGAGAACAGCUGCAGAAGAAGCAACAGAUCCUGAGUUACAGGGAAUAACAGUGUACGUUGCUCAGGAUUGUACUGUUUAUAGUGCAGAUGUGCUUGAGAAGCUGCAGCUGCUCCCAGGAUCUGAAAGAGACAGCAAAGCAGCUAUUAUUCUAGUGCCUGUGAGACUUGGUGGUGAAAAAACAAACCCAGAAUACUUAGAGUUUGUAAAGGAGAUGUUAAGCCUUGAAUACUGUAUUGGUAUUAUCGGUGGCAAACCUAAGCAGUCCUACUACUUUGUUGGAUUUCAAGAUGACAGCUUGAUUUACAUGGACCCUCAUUACUGCCAGUCUUUUGUAGAUGUCAGCAUAAAGGAGUUCCCUCUUGAGUCAUUCCAUUGCCCUUCACCCAAGAAAAUGGCUUUUGCUAAAAUGGACCCAAGUUGCACGAUUGGCUUCUAUUGUAAAGGUUUAGAAGACUUUGAGAAAAUUAGUGAAGAGAUAACUCAGGUACUGAACUCCUCACCUAGAGAGAAGUAUCCAUUAUUUACAUUUAUAAAAGGCCAUGCUAAAGACUAUGAUUUUGCAUUGACUCCGGUUCCUGAACAAAGUGGCCUAUUCUUUGAUGAUGAGAGUGAAACACUAACACACAGUAACACAGAUGAGUUUGUCUUGCUCUGAAAACAUGUAGGCAGAAAUCUAGAAGAAUUCUGUUAUGUACUGAUUUCUUCUGCUUCAAGUCAAUUGUGAUAAGGUUUUAUUACUUUGAACUUUUAAAGACAGACUUAAGAAGAGCAAGUCUACGGAUGUAUUAAUUUAGCAUUAAAAUGAAAAGGAUUCUAAAAAAUUUUAGAUGACUUUUAGUGUUGCUCUUAAUUGUAGUAUGUACAUUACUUUUGCUAUUUUUAAACAUGUUUUGAAUACUUGUCUGAGAAGUUGCCUUGUCUUGUGUAUGAAAGUCAGUAUAUUAAUAAUAAUAAACAUUAUCAUAUAGUAAUAAUAAGGUAAAACAUAUGUAUCCAUGUGAUUGAGUAUCAUGCCGAUUCCCUAAGAAUAUUUAACAUGUUGACUAUUUUAUAUCUUAAAAGGGGUAUCUCAAAUACAGAAGUCUGAUGUAAUAAAAUACACUUUGUGGAUGUUUCUUUAAUGUAUUAUAUUCAUAUAGGCAUCCUGCUGCUGAACCACAUUGUGCAAUAAGCAACAUAUUUCUCUUGCAAACAGAGCUGUAUUCUAUAAGUCAGAAGUUACCCUUCAUCACAAAUAUGGCUCCUGUCUUAUCUUACAUAGUAAAGCUUUCCGGUGGGCAUAAAGGAAUCAAACCAGCAAUAACUAAAAUACAAUAUAUAUUUUUUAUGAGCAACAGAUUAUCAUUUCAUACAUAAAAGCAUUAGAAGUUUGGAUAUUAUUUGGUUUUGAUUACAAAUAUUUAUUGAGUGCUUUGUAGCUUUCCCUUUGCCCUUCAGUCAGCUUUUUAGAUUGCCUAAAAGUUAUAUUAAAUUAUGCCCUAACCCUGAUGAAAGUCUGCUUACUGUAUGUUUACAGAAGGUUGAAUGAACAGCAGUGUAAACCAUAAUUUAGAAUUUUGCAGCUAUGUUCGGUGGCAAGUGGUCCAUGGCAAAUUUGUGCUUCAAGUGGAAAAUAUUUAAUGAAUAAGAAAAAAAGGAAGAAAAAGAUUAAACAUAAGUGUGAAUUGUUAACAAAUGAAAAAUAAGCGAACCUAACUGUAUGCCAUAUAGGUCUGUGUCCACGGGGAUCGUUUAAUAAUGGCUUUGAUGUUGCAGUCUCUUUUAAACCCUAACAAGAACAACAACACUGGAAGGUUACAACUUUGAAAGAAUUUACAUUAAGAGAAGGUGGUUCUUUUGACUUGAAAUAGGUGCACAGUGUUUCAAGCAUUUUUUCAAGGAGAGAGUAGUUUUGGAUGCAGCAAUAUUACAGUGGUACACUGUAAAUGAAAUAUACGUAGUCCAUUACUGCUUAUUUGUAGAUACUGUAAGACAUUUUUGUUGUAUGGCAACUGAUUGUACAUUUAUAUUUUUCAGUGUGACAGUUCAUGAAUAUAUUAAAAGUGAAGCGAUUUUUUCUUGC